GUCGCUGCGGGUGGCUGUGGUGGUGUCGUCCAACAUGUCGACCAAGAAUUUCCGAGUCAGUGACGGAGACUGGAUUUGCCCUGAUAAAAAAUGUGGAAAUGUAAACUUUGCUAGAAGAACCAGCUGUAAUCGAUGUGGUCGGGAGAAAACAACUGAGGCCAAGAUGAUGAAAGCUGGUGGCACUGAAAUAGGAAAGACACUUGCAGAAAAGAGCCGAAGUCUAUUCAGUGCAAAUGACUGGCAGUGUAAAACUUGCAGUAAUGUGAAUUGGGCCAGAAGAUCAGAGUGUAACAUGUGUAAUACUCCAAAGUAUGCUAAAUUAGAAGAAAGAACAGGAUAUGGUGGUGGUUUUAAUGAAAGAGAAAAUGUUGAAUAUAUAGAAAGAGAAGAAUCUGAUGGUGAAUAUGAUGAGUUUGGACGUAAAAAGAAAAAAUACAGAGGGAAGGCAGUUGGUCCUGCAUCUAUAUUAAAGGAAGUUGAAGAUAAAGAAUCAGAGGGAGAAGAAGAGGAUGAGGAUGAAGAUCUUUCUAAAUAUAAGUUAGAUGAGGAUGAGGAUGAAGAUGAUGCUGAUCUUUCAAAAUAUAAUCUUGAUGCCAGUGAAGAAGAAGAUAGUAAUAAAAAGAAAUCUAAUAGACGAAGUCGUUCAAAGUCUCGAUCUUCACAUUCACGAUCUUCAUCACGCUCAUCCUCCCCCUCAAGUUCAAGGUCUAGGUCCAGGUCCCGUUCAAGAAGUUCUUCCAGUUCGCAGUCAAGAUCUCGUUCCAGUUCCAGAGAACGUUCGAGAUCUCGUGGGUCGAAAUCAAGGUGA